ACUUAGGGGCCACUUGGGCGGGCUUUUCAGCUGCGUCUCAUAACCCAAGUGACUUCCCUUUCUCUGCCACAAGUGACUGAGGAGCAGAGAGCUGUGUGUUCCUGGGUGACCCGGCGACCUCAACUGGCCAUGCCCCGGCAGCUCUCCGCGGUGGUGGCACUCUGCAUGUCCCUGGCUGUAAUUUUGCAGGAUGGCAGCCAAGCAAGAGCAAAAACAUUUCCAGAAACCAGAGUCUAUCUUCAACCCACUACAGCAGCCACAACAAAACCUUCUCUCUUGCAACAAACUAACCAGGUGCCUCACAAAACUUUAGCAGCAAGAUCAACGGCUGGUCACAUCACCUCCGAAAUAGCUGUCACAGUAAAAACUCCAACAACUACCCCAGGAACUACAGAAAACACCCCACCCACCAGCCCAAUUAUGCACACCUUGAUCACAACCCAGGCCACAGCCAACAACUCUCACACGGCUACUCCAGUGACUGAAGCUACCAUCGGCAACAGCUCAGCCCCUCAUUCACAGACACCCACCAGCCCCCCGCCAGCCCACACGACGGGAACCAGCCCAUCAGCUGUCCCCUGCAAAACUGGGCAAACUGCCCACCCCAGUAACCCGACCACUCUCCCAACAACGUUGUCCACAGCACCACACAAAAGCACAACCAGUCAGAAGCUUACUCAAUCCAGCUACGCCCCAGGAACAACUACAGCCGCACACAACGCCACCCAAACAGCCUCACCUGCCUCCACAGCUCCUGGGCCCACUCUGGCCCCUCAGCCAUCAUCAGCCAAGACUGGAACUUAUCAAGUUCUAAAUGGAAGCCGGCUCUGUAUAAAAGCAGAGAUGGGGAUACAACUAAUUGUUCAAGACAAGGAGUCGGUUUUUUCACCUCAGAGAUACUUCAACAUCGAGCCCAACGCAACCCAAGCUUCUGGGAACUGUGGCUCCCAAAAAUCCAACCUUCUCUUGAAUUUUCCAGGUGGAUUUGUGAAUCUCACUUUUACCAAGGAGGAAAAAUCGUAUUACAUCAGUAAAGCGGGAGCCUACUUGACCGUCUCAAAUCCAGAGACGAUUUACCAAGGAUUGAAGGGUUCGCUGGUGCUGUUUGAGACGGUGGUCGGGCAUUCCUUCAGGUGUGUGAGCGAGCAAAGCCUCCAGCUGUCCGCCCAGCUCCAGCUGAAAACAAUGAAUGUCCAACUUCAAGCCUUUGAUUUUGAAGACGACCACUUUGGAAAUGCGGAUGAAUGCUUCAGUGACAGAAACAGGAGAGAAGUCCCUGUGGCCAUGGGCCUGAGUGUCUCAGGACUGCUUGUCAUAUUGCUAACCGCAUGUCUGGUGGCCAGAAAGAGGCCCAGUAGAGGAUAUGAACACCUGUAAAGCCCCACUUUCUUCAAAAUGUGCAAGGUUAAGGCCUUGGGAACUCUGGCUUCAUUUUUCAGUCUUAAGUGAAAGGAUUACCUCUCUAGGUGCCUGUCCCACCCUUCCAAGCUGCUUAGGAAAACUAGGUUUCCACCAAAGGGCCAUCCUAGGGCUAGGAAAGGGCACCCCUCCACCCCACUUCCUCCUGUUGGCUUGGGGAGGCCGUGUCAGAUGAGCUGUAAUGCCAUCUGCCACACCUAGAUAAGCCGGAGCUGACUUCGAGAAUUAGGGGGCAAUAGAGACAUGAGCUUGUGCAAAGAAGAAAGAAAAAACCCAAGGGAAGAAUUGUGGGAAAACAUUUUCAGACUGCAGUGAUUUUCUUAUACAUUUUAAGAGUCUCAAUUUUGUUUUUUAAAAAAUAUUACUUUAAAUAAAUCCAUUUCAAAAUAAAUUACAAAGUGAUUUUAAACUCUUAAGAUUUUACCGAAAUUCUGAUCCACUUAAAUUAUAGAGGGUCUUAGUAUACUAUUAAAAGAAAAAACAUAUUCUACACUAUCGUAAUAUAUUAUUAGUAAAAAAAUUAGAACACUUCCUGGCAUUUCACUUUUUAAAUGUAAAGCACAUACCAAAGAUCUCAGCAAACAAAAGAGGCUCAAUAAAUGUUAGUUCUCCAAUUCCUUCAACUUCAUUUAUUGUCUGCCUUCUGAACACUUUUUUCCUGAUAUUGUCUCUGUUUUUCUUUGGUGCUGUUCUAACCUUGUAAUGUGUUAAUUUGGGCCAUUUUGGGAGGGAAGGUAGGCAGAGCAUUAAGACAACCAGAAAUGGCAAGCGUGGAAAGGUAGACCUGUGCAGGUCUUUACCCACUUUCUUUUUUUUUUGCAAACAUUCAUCAAAAAAAUUAUAAACCAGUAAAUAUCUGGAGGGAAAAAUUCUAUUAAAAUAUGGCUUAGGAUGUUAUUCAUAGUUUUCUAUAACAUCGAUGGUUUAAAUAUGAGAAUUGGGGUUUUAGUUCAGAGAAAUGGGAGAUUAAUAGACUUCCACAUGUUCUUAUUAAAUCACUGAUUUUACAGACAGAAAGUUUUCUUGUUUAUCUGCAUUUCUCAGAGGUGCCAUUCAUUAUUUUAACAUGAAGCUUAUGAAAUUUGGCAACAGUUCUAUAACUACUGCUUAUCUAGGAAAUGUGCUGGCUCUCCCUGGAGGUGUUUCCACCUUCCACUUUCUUAGAAGUGAGGGGGUGAGAAGGGCACUUUGCAGCUUCAAGAGGGAGCUUUAAGAGCCCCAAAGGAUAAUCUAGAGUGUCAGGAAAUGCCUGUUAGAGACGUUGAUGACAAUCUGGGUUGUGAGGACCUGGUAUUCCCCGAAAUGACUCAAGCCUGAGAGCAAGGCCUUGGCUUUGGAAAGCUGCAAUCUCCUCUCCCUUCCCCCCUCAAUUAGGCACCUGCUCCAGACUCCCAUGUGUCCAGUGUUAUGGGCACUUUGACAAGGUGUUUAUUCAUUGGGCCAUUAACCAUCCUGCAGAAUGACUAAUUCAAGGUUAAUCUUCUAGUAUGUAGAAAUUUCUGUCAUUGCAGUUAGAAACAAGAAGCAGAAUUUAAAGUCAAGAGCAGAGGGAUAUCACAGUUCACUUAAAUUUAAUUUCCCUUCCUGUCAUCUUCAAUGAGUUCUUUUGGGUGGUAGCUACUGCUUAGAUUCCUGCUACCCACUCCCAAGGCCAACUACCCUUA